AUUUCAUUUUAUCAGAAACUAGAAUAGCACUGAUAUACUUAUAUAUGGUAAAAAAUAUGGAAUUUCAAGCCGUUAUCAUGGCUGGAGGCAGGGGUGAUCAAAUGAGUGAUUUAACGUCCAGCAUUCCAAAACCUCUUCUACCUAUUGGGAAUAAACCUCUGAUCUGGUAUACAGUUAAUACACUGGAAAGAGUUGGUUUCAGAGAAAUCAUAAUUAUUACUAUGAAUUCAAUAGUAAAUUCAGUAAAGCAAGCAAUAUCUUCACUGAAAAAUAUAAAUGCUGAUAUUGUGGGAAUAUCAGAAGAUUUAGACUGGGGAACAACAGACUCUCUUAGACAUAUCAAGGAUAAAGUAAAGUGUGAUCUUCUUGUGAUGAGUUGUGAUAUACUAUGUGACUUUGAGCUUCACCGAUUAGCAGAUGUUCAUCGACUACAUAAUACUGCCAUCACAAUGUUGCUUGCUCCUGCUCGGCCUGAACUUGAGAAUGUUCCAGGUGUCAAAGCAAAAAGAAAAAGUAAAAAGCCAAGAGAAAUCAUCGGUCUCAGCAAAGCAAAAUGUUCAAAAUGCAGAGUUGUAUUUCUCGAAAAUGAGGCAGAUGUAGAGGAAGAAGCUAUGUCACUAAGCAGAUCUCUGUUGAAGCAACAACCAUGCAUUCAUGUUCGAACAGAUCUUACAGAUGUUCAUAUGUACAUAAUUAGGAAAUGGGUUGUUGAUUACAUCACGCAUAACAAGUCAAAGAGAUCAAUUCGGGGUGAACUUUUACCUUAUCUUGUUAAAAAGCAAUGGAGAAAACCUGCGGAAGUUACAAAAGAAAGUGAAAUAUCAAUUGCAGAUCCUACCAACACAACAACAGACGAAAUAGAGUCUGAUCCUAGAGAUAUAUUUUCUUAUCUUCGACAAGACAGUGCAAUUGAAAGAGUUCUUAAUUUAAGUUUGAAAACAAAACCAUUGCUACAUUCCGGUCAUAAAACAGAAGAUCAGUUAUCAGUCCAUGCCUAUGUUUAUGAAGCUGGAUUUUGUAUGAGAGUGAACACUUUAUCUGCAUUUGUUGAAGCAAACAGAUUGAUGGCAAAAAAUAUCUCAAUUAUUGCUCCAAAUGUCGCUGAACUUCCACUAAUUCACGCUAGUGUAAAGGUUGAAGAAAAAACCCAGAUUGGUUCUGAUAGCAUGAUAGCAGAAGAUAGCGUUAUUGGUACCAAAGUAUCGGUAAAACGUUGUACUAUUGGAAAACAUUGUGUCAUUGGAAACCAAGUUCGACUAACAAAUUGUACUAUUUUAGACAAGGUGGUGAUAAGAGAUGGAUGUACUAUCCAAAAUAGUGUAAUUUGUGAAAAUGUGGAAAUUGGUGAAAAAUCUACUGUAAAAGAUUGUUUAGUCGGAUCUCAACAUGUUUUACAACCAGGAUCAAAUAUUACGAACGAAUCAUUGGUGGAGAGUACAACCAUGAUGGAUUUCGAAUGAUUGAUGAAGAUUAGUAUGUUGCCCUGGAAGAAAAAUUUGAAUAACCAUGCUUUGAGAUUGGGCACUGAAUGCUUGUUGGAUAGUUGGUGGAUGCAAUUAUUACUGCUGCUAUUAGGGGAAUAUCGGAAUAAAAUCGAUUCUGCUUUCUGUCUAA